GAUGACGUCAUCUGUAAGAGGCGAACCGAAGGUGGCGGCAUCGGUUUAAAGCGCAGUGCGCAUGCGCUUCCUUCAUUACACGCUCAGCUGCUGUGUGUGUGUGUGAGAGAGAAAAAGAAUGGGUCGAGGUGGCAGCUAAAGAACUGAAACACAUACUCUGACGCGUUAAAUCCUGCUCUGUUAAAACCGAGAUCACUUCACGAACCUUUUAAACAUCCCGGAAUCACCAGACCGGAAGUGAGGAUCUCUGUGGAAACUGGUAGGAAACCGACACGCGCUUGGUCACGGAACUUCCUUCUCCACACGGCUUCGAAGCUCUGAUAUUCUGCGUAUAAUCACUAAAGUGUCCUGAUUCUUUACACCUCUUAUAAUGAAGUCAGAGUCCAGACGGCGCUCUUUAGGAAAAUCUCCACAGACUCCUGCUGCUACCGGCUCAAAGAUGUACCACUGCUCAGAUUGUGGGGAGAGUUUUACUAAAAGUCAUCUCAAAAAUCACAAGCGGAUCCACACAGGAGAGAAGCCGUAUCACUGUGGACACUGCGGGAAGAGUUUUACUUGUCAGAGUCAUCUCCAACGACACGAUCGUAUUCACACAGGAGAGAAGCCAUAUGACUGUGGACAGUGUGGGAAGAGUUUUACUUGUCAGAGUCAUCUCCAACGACAUGAGCGCAUUCACACAGGAGAGAAGCCGUAUCACUGCUCCCAGUGUGGGAAGAGUUUUACUCAUCACAGUACUCUCCAACGACACCAGCGCAUUCACACAGGAGAGAAGCCGUAUCACUGUGGACAGUGUGGGCAGAGUUUUACUCAUCACAGUGCUCUCCAACGACACAAGCGCAUUCACACAGGAGAGAAGCCAUAUCACUGUGGACAGUGUGGGAAGAGUUUUACUCGUCAGAGUCAUCUCCAACAGCAUGAGCGCAUUCACACAGGGGAGAAGCCGUAUCACUGCUCACAGUGUGGGAGGAGUUUUACUUGCCAGAGUUAUCUCCAAAUACAUGAGCGGAUCCACACAGGACAGAAGCCAUAUUACUGUGGACAGUGUGGGAAAAGUUUUACUCGUCAGAGUUAUCUCCAACGACACCAGCGAAUUCACACAGGAGAGAAACCGUAUCACUGCGGACAGUGUGAGAAGAGUUUUACCCAACUAUGUGUUCUCCAACAACAUGAGCGAAUUCACACAGGAGAGAAGCCGUAUCACUGCUCACAGUGUGGGAAAAGUUUUAUUCGUCAGACUCAUCUUCAACAACACCAGCGCGUUCACACAGGAGAGAAGCCGUAUCUGUGUGGACAGUGUGGGAAGAGUUUUACUCGUCAGAGUACUCUCCAACAGCAUGAGCGCAUCCACACAGGAGAGAAGCCGUAUCACUGUGGACAGUGUGGGAAGAGUUUUACUUGUCAGAGUAAUCUCCAACGACAUGAGCGCAUUCACACAGGAGAGAAGCCGUAUCACUGCUCACAGUGUGGGAAGAGUUUUUGUGACCAGGGUGCCCUCCACAGCCACCAGCAGAGUCAUAGAGGACAGAAGCCGUCCCUCUGCAGACACUGUGGGAGGAGCUAUACUUGUUCAAGUUCAUUAAGGACACACAAGUGCUCUAACAUAAAGCCAUCAGAUCUUAACCUGUGAAUUUGUCAAAUUAAGAUACAUGUUUUAAUAUAAAUUUUUUAAAGCGAGGUAAAGAGACAUAAAGGCAUUCAACUAUAAUAUUAUAUAUACUGGACACCUUUCUAAGCCAACCGAAGAUGGUUGUGUUUACAGGCAAUUUGAAGAGAGAAUUCUUGUCCAAAUUGUCCAAUAAAAUUCACCUGUGGGAAAUUUUAUGAGUUUAUUCCUCAAAUUACAUUACUACCAGUUUAUCCAUCAAUAGAUUUUGAAUGAUGCUAUUAUAUGCUGGGCAAAAGUCCACCAAAAGGAUUCUAGUAUAACGGGCUAAAUAUUUCAGAUAUCACAGCAUAAAUCCGAUGCACUGCCUCACAGCAUUGCCGUAUUCUUAAAUUUAAUCCAGACCAAAGGAUUCUAAUAGUGUUUAAAUAUUGAGACAGAGAUAAGCAACUGAAAAACACUGAUGCUGUGUUGCCAUGUUAGACAUUCAGCAAAGAUGAUCAGGAGUCUGAAUUGAUCUUCACAUAAUCUCUUUAUUGUUCACUUUGAUUGUCUUUAGAUCACCAACAGAAAUAUCAAAAUGUCUACAUCAGUCUAUUCUACAGAGUGAAAAGACCUUGCUUAUGUAGAAAGGACAGAAAAGAGAAGGGAGGGAAAAUAGAAAAGAAGGAAGUCUGGGGAAGGGAAUGUUAUCAUCUAUGACCUUGGUGUGUUCAGUCACAAAGAUCCAGUGUACCAAUAAAAACAUACUCACAGUCAUAUACAGAGACAGCUAUUGAUAUAAACCUGUUGUAACAAAUGUUAAAUAUUGUUACGUUCUGGAGUCCUGAAUCUAACUGUACUAUCAUCAAGCUAACAGAUGGUGUGUGAUGUACAUAAGGCACAUUUAACAUAAAGUUAACAUUGUUGAGUGUUUGUGAUCUUUACUCACCAAGAAAUCUAACUGCUCCUAACUAUUAAUGUGUGUGUGUGCAUGUGUGCAGGGGCGUAGCCAUCAUUUCAGAUGUGGGGGAUGUCAAGGGUAUUCUUUUUUCUGACCUUAUGUCUAAUUGAUGGGCUUUAUCUCUUUUUGUCCUUAUUGGCUUAAUAUGCAAUUUAUGAUUCUGUACUUGCAUGUUAUAUUGUAUAUUGCACUGUAUUAUUAAAAUAUUGCAAAUUGUGUUGUGUA